CUCCGUCGCUUUUUCUCUAUCUUCAUCACACACACUUCAAUCUUUUUCGCUUUUGUCUUUCUUUGUCCUUUGAUUGCUGCCAUUAAUUAAUUAAUUAAUAUUCUCCCUCCCUCUUCACAUCAAGAAGUUAGAAGAAGUCCAUGCGGUGUCAGCUUGUGAAGAAGAAAUGUGAGAAGGAUCUUGGUUUACACCUGACCUGACAGUUCUAGUAGUAGAGUGCAACAGCUACAAUCUAAUCUAAUGGGGUCCGAGCAAAAUCGAUUUCCUCAGCACGAAAGACGAAAGAGAUGGGGAGGAUGUUGGGGUGCAUUUUCUUGUUUAGGUUCACAGAAGGGUGGGAAGCGCAUUGUACCUGCAUCUCGCAUUCCUGACAGUAAUGGGCCAGCCUCUCAACCAAAUGGACCUCAAGUGGUUGGGUUGACCAAUCAAGCCACGGGACUAGCUCCUUCUCUCUUAGCUCCACCUUCUUCACCAGCAUCCUUCACACAUUCUGCCCUUCCUUCCACUGCACAAUCACCUAGUUGUUUCUUAUCCUUGUCUGCUAACUCACCUGGUGGUCCUUCAUCUACAAUGUUUGCCACUGGACCAUAUGCUCAUGAAACACAGCUGGUGUCUCCUCCAGUCUUUUCAAAUUUCACUACUGAACCAUCUACUGCUCCUCUCACUCCUCCUCCUGAGUUGGCUCAUUUAACAACUCCCUCUUCCCCUGAUGUACCUUUUGCUCAUUUUCUUUCAUCUUCAGUGGAUCUCAAAAACAAUGGCAAGGGUAACUACAUCACUGCAAAUGAUCUUCAAGCUACAUAUUCACUCUACCCUGGAAGUCCUGCCAGUAGCCUUAUAUCUCCAAUAUCAAGGAACUCGGGUGACUGUUUAUCAUCUUCUUUUCCUGAACGAGAGUUCCAUCCACAAUGGGAUUCAUCACUAUCUCCCGAGAAUGGAAAAUAUCAGAGAACUGGGUCUGGGAGGGUGUCUGGGCAUGACACAAGUGGUGUCACUAUGGCAUCACAAGAUACAAAUUUCUUUUGCCCUGCUACCUAUGCACAAUUUUAUUUGGACCAAAAUCCUCCAUUUCCUCAUAAUGGUGGGAGAUUAAGUGUUUCAAAAGACUCAGAUGUUCAAUCUAAUGGCGGAAAUGGACAUCAGAGUAGGCAUGCUAGAAGUCCUAAGCAAGAUGUGGAAGAAAUAGAAGCUUACCGAGCAUCCUUUGGUUUCAGUGCAGAUGAGAUUAUAACUACCAGUCAAUAUGUGGAAAUUUCUGAUGUAAUGGAGGAGUCAUUUACCAUGUUGCCAUUUGCUUCUAACAAGUCAACAAUGGAAGAAAGCAUAGAGCCUUCAUUUAUGAAAGGAUUCAAAGCUCAGGAUACGCAGGUGGCAUUGCAGAGUCAGAGAAGUCUUAGAUCAGAUCCAGGUCCAGUAGGCAAGGAAAAAGACAAUCAGGCCCCUAUAUGUCCAGGAUAUGAAGAUCAUAUAUCACAAGGGCAUUGUAGCAACAGCUCUGGAUUAAGUACACCAGAGAACCGUACUCUCGAAGAUGAUGAGGAUAUAUUCUCAAAAAUGGAAUCUUCCAGAAUCUGCAGGAAAUAUCAGAUGGGGUUAUCGUGCUCUGAUGCUGAGGUUGACUACAGGAGAGGAAGAAGCUUCCGAGAAGAAAAGGGAAUGUGAUUUAUAACUAGAAUUAAUCAGUUGAGAACAGAUUGUCUGUUAUCUGUGUAUUAAUUUGUAGCUUUUUUAAAAAAAGAAAAAAAGAAAAGAAAAAGAAACUCUUUACUUGGGGUUGUCUAAUAUAUGGAAAUGGAAUGACCUAACUUAGAUCUAACCGAUUCUGUCUCGUGUUUGACCAGAUCUUACUGAUCAAUGAUUGUAGUCUCUUUCUUCAAGCGAGUUCAGAUUAAUGUCUGAAGUGAAUGAAGUUUGAUUUUAAACAA